CGCAGUCGUUGGCUGACUAUAAAAGCCACCGCCUGCGAAGAUCACCCAACCAGUGUGGAUUAUUCAACCCCAGAAAUCAGCAAGAUGUUCAAGCUAUCGCUCUGCCUGCUCGCCGCUUUGAUGCUGGCCAAUGUCCAUGCGGAUAACAUCAACAAGGAUGCCGUGAUCACACGCGAGGAUAGCGAUCCUGCCGAUCCCGAGGGAAACUACAAAUUUGCCUUUGAGACCAGCAAUGGCAUCCAGGCCCAGGAGGCUGGAAAUGGAAAUGGAGUAUCCGGAAGUAGUUCAUAUAUCUCUCCUGAGGGCGAGCAGAUCUCCCUGACCUAUGUCGCCGAUGAGAACGGCUUCCAGCCCCAGGGCGCCCACCUUCCCACCCCUCCUCCAAUUCCAGAAGCCAUCCUCCGUUCCCUGGAAUACAACGCCGCUCACCCCCAGCAAAAUUAAAUCCGGAUAAUAUUUAAAUCCCAUUUAAGGCCUAGUCAGUGCUCUUUCGGCUAAAAAUGAGUUAUAACUAGUUGUAACAAGUCUGUACAUAAACCCACAAAAUGAUGUUGAAAAAUUCCAUAAAAUAUACGCACAGCCAUUUGAACAAA